AUGAAUUAAUCAUUAGUUUAAAACUAGUAGUCUUAGACCUCAAUUAAUUAUGGGAAUGUGAAGUAUUCAUUCAAAUGUUUGCGUCGUCAUCUUUUUAGGGAUAAAGUUUAUCAUGUUCAUGUACUUCACAAUAUGAUUACUAUCGGAGAGCUAUUUAAUGAUCCAAAUCCUAAGUAUAAAAUGGAGUUGAAUCUCAAAAACACAGUUUAUUGGAAAUAAGAGCGUAGACAAAACAAAGCCUUCGGAAUUAAAUAUAAAAAGAACGUAAAGUUUUUUGAUGCUUCUCCUGAGCAUUUAAUAAAAUUUCGUUAAGCCAUCAGUUGUUUAAUAGGGUUCCAUUCUAUUGAAGAUCAUUAUAAGAUAGAUAGAAUGAUUGGACGAGGUUCGUUUUCUUAAGUCCAUAAAGUUUAUAGGUUACAAGACAAUAAGGCAUUCGCUAUGAAAUAAGUGUCAAGCAAGUAGAAGACUGAUAAGGAAAACAUGGUAUAUAUCAAUUUAAUUCAGUAAUUAUUGGAAAACGAAAUUGGGAUUCUUCAUUCUUUGAACAAUGAGGCCAUCCUCAAAAUAUAUGAGGUUUUUAGAAUAGAAGAAAACCAAUAUGGCAUUAUAGUUGAAUAUGUUGAUGGGAUUUGUUUGGCCACACUCAUUGAACAACUCAAAAAGAAUCAAAAUAAACUAAAAGAAUACGAUAUCAAAAUUAUGUUGUAAGCAAUUCUUAAAGCUUUGGUGGUCAUUCAUUCGGAGUAAGUGAUUCACAGGGAUAUUAAACCAUAGAACAUUAUGAUUUCUCAACAAUCAUUUAGAAAUGUUAGAAUUAUUGAUUUUGGAUUAAGCAUUAAAAACUAAUUGUAAUAUAACAGAUGUGGAACUCCUGGUUAUAUGGCUCCUGAGAUAGUUAACAUGAAAAAAGAUGAACAAAAAGCUUGGACAUCUCUAUGUGAUAUUUUUAGUCUAGGCGUUGUGUUUUUCAAAUUAUUAUCCAAAGGUAUCAGUUGCUUUUAAGGUCAAACCUCAGAUCAAGUCGUAGUGAGCAAUAAAAAAUGUUAGAUCGACUGGACUAUUGUUCAAUAAUUUAAUUAUUCGAAAAAUUGCAUCUCUUUAUUAAAGGCAAUGUUAGCUAUAGAUCCAGGAGAGAGGAUUACUGCUGAUCAAGCACUUUAGCAUCCCUUCUUUGCUGAUUUGCCACCAAUUUUGGCAACAGACUUUGCAGGAAACUCAAUGACAUUUAAGUCGAAGAAUCUGAUAAAUCAAACCAUUGACAAGGCAAAUCUCGAUUCCAUUGAAAGCUUCAAUGAUCUCUCUGGCAUUUAGAAAUAAAGAAUUUACGUCAGAGAAUUGAAGCCAUCAAGGAUUAGCAGAAUAGUGUGA